AUGGAUUGCAAGACAGUGAACCUUUACACCACUAGCAUGUCGGCAAACGAGCUUGCUGCGUGUCUUCGUGUAAAGGAGGUCAGCAGCUCCCACUCAUCGCCUUAUAUAGGCAGGUAUGUAUCGUUACUUUCAGAGCCUAACCUUUCCCACAGAACGCGCCAGGAUAAUCCUUUUUUGACCCCCGUGCAACAAGUAGCUAAACAGAUUGUGGAGCUACGGCCAGCUCCUGUCUCUGCUGUUGCGACUCUGUCGAAUUCUGCGUUGUCUCGUCAGUCCGGUUAUUCUUCUAAUAAGCACUCGAUGAAUACUGUACUUUCUGCACGGAAAGAAACAGGUAAGCUAGCUGAGGGCUGUUCGCUAACGACCACUGGGCCAUCAUCUCGGGCAAUUUCUAGUUACAAACCAGCAAUCCGAAACCUAUGUCCCCAACCAGAGUCACAUCCUCGGGAUUAUAGUACGCUUAAGAUAGUCAGCAGACUGCCAAGUGCCUCAGACCAUGUUCUUCGACCAACCACAACGGCUACUGCGCCUUAUCUACUUGCUCCCGGAGGACAGUAUAUUUCACAGUUAGUUAUUUCUAGAAGUUCGUCGCAGCUCAACCGGCCAUCAACAGGCUCUGGUUCUAGAGUACCUUCAAUUCGUCCUGCCUCUUUCUCUAUGUCAACCAGUAAUAGCACGACAUCGUGCGUCUCACAAACUUCCCAGGCUACACAUAGUUCACUAGUACCACUUAAUACGCUUGAGAACGACGAGCUAGAUGCCCGUGAACGAGAAUUAGAAUUAGAGCUACAACGAAUCCAAGUGGAGCGCCAAGCUCGAGCGGUAAUUAAAGCAUCAGCACAGCUACAGAAAGAACCACCUGAUCAGACAAAUAACCCCCUUAUAGAUUUACCCGUUCGACUAUCCGUGCCAGCAGAAGCUGCGAAGAGUAGUGCAUCUACACGAACCAUAGUAGAAUCAGCAAAUAUACACACAAACGAUCCAUUAGUAAGCUCCUUGACUGCGUUGUCAAGGUCUUCGUCUAGAAAUGUGUUCUUGGAGUCAUAUGUAGCAGAGGAAACUGUACGCAGGUGUCUCCAGAGAUCCAAUAUGACUGGGUCACAACCAUUAGCCAGCCACAGUGGUGAAGACGUAUGUUCCUCUCAAGCCAGCAUCCUCACUGCUGUUCAUUUAGAGCAAACAAACACAGAAGAUCGAAGCAGCCCACAGGUGGCAGCAUGCGCCCUAAAGAGAUUGAUUUCGGAGCUUCUGGAGCACCCCCGGGCAAUGUCCCCAACUGCGGACCGUUCAGGGACAUUCACGAAGCAAAGUGUGGAAUCUCAGUCAGAAUCUAGCAGUCCAUAUCUAAAUACGUAUUCAGCGCGAGACUAUGUGACACACGAAGACGUCCUCUCUGUUUUUGACGAAGACAACUCUUUGAAUUUUAAUCGGUUUAAGUACCUAGCAAAGAAAUUCUAUGGACGUAUAAGCAAAGCAAAACUCUGGUCCGUUGCAAAGGAGAUAGACUUGAUGGAUAGCAUAGACGAGAAGGUAGACUAUUUGUAUUCGUUCUUAUUCAACAGGUGA